AUGGGGCAUGAAUUCUAUCGAGCAGCGUAUCUGCAAAAGGAGCGACUCUUUCACCCGAAGUUGGGAGAAGCUAUAAUGGAGACGAUACCAGAAGAACAACUAAGGCGAAUCGUGCAAUUGGCUGUAGAUGCAAAGGAGUCAUUUGUGAACAUCUGGAGGGAUUUAGUAUUACAAAAGGAUGAGAGUGCAAAG